AUGGCGAUUUAUACCACCGCUUCUCCAUCGGUUGCCGAUCGAUCUCAAAUCAAAAUUAACGAAGAGACGGAAACCAUUGAAACAAACGCGAAGAAAAAAUGUCUCGAGCAAAGAUUCGCGGAGCACGAUCUUUGCCCGUUCAAACUGCAAUGGUCCUUCGGGAUGAAUCCGGAGGCACCAGUCAUAAAUCUAACUACCGAAAAUCGCGCGUUAUUGGCAUACGCCUGUUCGCACGUGGCCGUGAUUUACGACUAUAGUUCGAGGAAAAUGUUACCACUUCUAGGUCAUCGAAACGCAGUUAAAAUUCUGUCAACUUCGCGUGACGGCAAGUGGUUGCUAACAGCGGAUUCCGGGAAGGAUAGUGCGGUAGUGGUUUGGGACACUGAAAAGGGGGUUCCUGUUUGCACAUUAUUUAAGCCACAUGGUAGUGAAGAUAUCGCAGCUGCUGGUAUCAGUCCUAAUGCUAAACAAAUAGUCACCGUUAGCGAUGGAAAAUGUCAGAAUGUGCAUUUCUGGCUGUGGACUAAUGGAAGCGAUAAAUCGGAUGCAUCGAUAUCGUUAAUCAAUAUUACAUCUGAACGUGUCAAGGGAAUAACUUUCAACGACGAGUGUUCGGAACAAUUUGCAUUGACCACCGAUUAUCAUGUCUUAUUCCUAACUUGGAAUGGUCACGCUUUGAGCUACGAUUGCCCCAAAAUUAUGACAAAAUUUCAACAUAUUGGUAUCUUUAAUGUGUCAUGCUACGUUCCAAAAAUACAACAAGCAUUGACAGCGAGUACAAAUGGUUGCGUUUUAAUAUGGGGCAAUGUUUCUUGUGAAGACAAACAUGCUGUCGAUGAUACUGGUUGUAAGAAGAAGAAACAUAUAAAGACUCUUAAUUUACAGAAAAGCAGUAUUACUGUUAUGCUUGAUAACGAAGGUAUGCUUGUCACGGGAAAUUUGAAUGGCCGCAUUACUUUCUAUGAUUAUCAAUUAAGACUUUUAUAUUGGUGUCAGAGUUGCGAUCUAGACUCCAUUCGAUGGAUAAGCUUCGAUCUCCAAUCCAAUUUGCUGGCUCCGGCAUUUGCCGAUAAUGUACCUGAAAGUUCUUUUACGGGCGUAAUAGCACUAAUAGAAAUCCGAAAGCAGAAAUGUCACCUUGUGUUUCAUCAUCCGGUUUCAAUUCCGACUUGUAUGGACGCUCACCCAGAAAGCAAUUAUGUGGUUGUGGGUGACGCGCAAGGUACUGUGCAUUUAUACAAUCAUGAAAAGUGCACUCUGAUAAUAUCCAGGAGCACGCCACCUCUUCCGGACUAUCAGCCGAUUCUCGCUAAACAAAUUACCGACGAAAACAUCGUUUAUGUCACCUGUCCGCAAAGUCACGAGACCUUGAAGACCGUCACGGCUCUAAAGUUCUCACCGAGAUGCGAUAUGCUGGUGUGCGGCUUAGAAAAUGGAGCGAUUUGGAUUCUACAUCACAUUACCUUGGAUCCUAUAGACGAAAUACCGUACAAGCAUUCUUCGGCGGCUGUUAAUAAAAUCGCUUUCACGCGGUGCGCGAACUACAUGGCUUACGCGGAUAACGCGUUGACGGUGGUAGUAUUUAAAAGAAAUGAGACCGUCGCGUCGAAGGAAUGCAACAUGUGGAACUUGAUUGGAAAAUAUCACUCGCACUAUUUACCUAUCAGAGACAUACUUUUUGGUAAUUCGGCCGCAUCCGAUUCCGAUGCACCGCGGUUUUUUUCUUUGGGAGAGGAUCGAGAGCUCGUCGAAUACGAUCUCGCGCGCAGCGGACCAUAUCCAGUGCCAGGACUUCAAAUUUUACGUAUCGAUCAAAUCGAACAGAGCGCCGUUCCCCUUUGCCUAGCAUGGUAUCCCGAGUCCGGUACUGAAAGAUUCCUCAUGAUCUCAAAUUCUGAAGUAAUAGUCCUCACAAAUACAAGAUCUUCAGUGAUGUUACCAAAACAAUUCACGAUCUUAGCGGACAAACUUGUUAACAAUAAUGGCUACAUGGUGUUCGCGACCGACAGAGAAAUUGGCCUUCAGUUAUUGCCUUUGGACGGCAAUCCAUACAAGGUCGUCGGCAUGACGGGUCAUCCGCAAAAAAUAAUAAGUAUUUCUAUCAGCAGCAAUAAAGAAAUACUCUUUACCGCAGGCUACAACGAUCCGUGUGUGUUAGUGUGGAAAAUCAAAUUCAGAUCCGUUGAUGUAAUGGCGCGAUUAGGUGGCGAAGGACUCUCGCCGUUUUACAGCCUUAUCGAAGGUGGGAAAAAAGGAUGGUUGGCAAAUGAGAUGAAGGAUCUGUUCUAUUAUGCGCAGAUAUUACAUCAGGGCGAGAAUACGAUCGCUGCUAAAACCAUCACCGACACUGUGGUUGUCGAGCAGAUUCCGAAUCUUAUGCGAGCUAUGGGAUAUUAUCCGACCAACAAAGAGAUAGAUAAUAUCAUGGCUGAAGUACGCUACAAAUAUGUUGAAACCAGUAAACUUGUCGAAGAGAUUAGUUUUGAAGAAUUCGUGCGACUCUACGUGAAUCAUCGACCCGCGUUCGGACUUUGCAUACGCCACAUAAAGAAAGCCUUUUGUACAUUCGUCGAAGAGAGUUCCGUUAGUAUGGACAAUCCUACCUUAACGCGAGAGCAGUUUAUAGAUAUUUUACUCGGUGGGACGAUAUUGAAAACUUUGAUGGAAGAUGAUAAACCUAUCGGUGAACCGUUGACUUUGCAAGAAGCGUAUACACAUCUCAAGACAAUCAUGUCUCCCACCGAGGAAAUGGUCGAGGCUCAACCAAGUCUGUCGCAAAGAUCCGUGUCUUUCAAUUUCCGUUUUCUCCCGCCGAGGAUAUCUUACAAAGAUUUCGCCAUGGAUAUCAUGGGUGUCAAAUUGCCGGAUGAAACUAUGGCUGACAAUUGAGGAAAUCAGCACGGUCACUUGCAGUACUCUAAGAGAUAUUUUUUUUACAGCUAUGUACCGCUGUGACGAGGUCCGUUGAACGCAAGCGAUCGAUAAACCAAAGAUAAAAACCGCGCGCACAACUGUUUCGUUCUUUUAAAAUUUAAACUAAAAUUAAGAGAGGCGCUAAAAGAAAACGCCGGCGUUUGUCCGUCGUUCGCUCCUUCGAUUCGCGUAAAAAUGUAUAUAAGUUAUACAGCACACGAAAUUCGAGGAGAUAAUAUAAAACAGCAUGAUGUAGAUUCGUACUUGUUGCUGUA